UCAAAGUCAUUGGCGGGAAUACCAUUUUUUUCGUCUUUUAUUAAGUUGUUGAGAUUGUAUGUAUUUUUUCUAUUAUCUGUUGUUUGUCGUUCGAUGAUUCACUGUUUUCUUUCAUUUACUUGAAUCCCGCUACACGGUUGACUUCUCCAACGCCAUAAACUCAUUUAAGAUAUUUUCAUUGACCAGUCGUCGAUAUGACUCCCAGCCCAAACAAAGUCACUGAAAAUGAAACAGAUUCUAAUUCUAAUCAUAAAGAACAAGAAAAGAAAAACCAGGGCUAUGUUGUGGAAAAGAUUUUAGACAAGCGUAUAAAAUAUGACAAAGUGGAAUACUUUCUCAAAUGGAAAGAUAACAGUGAUACGGAAAAUUCUUGGGAACCUAUUGAAAAUCUUGAUUGUGAAGAUUUGAUUAAAAACUAUGAAAAAAGUUGUGUAUCAGAUGCUGGUCCGCCUAGAGGAUUAUCUGUUCUAGAUGAUUUAAUGGAGUGCUGCGAUAGUUUUGAUGAGUCUGAUUAUAAUAAAACUAAUUAACUGUAUUAAUAGGAAUAAGAUUGAUGAGUUGAACUUUUAUUUUAUAUCAAAUUUUAUAGUAAA